GAGUGCGCUCUUCUGUUUAUUUUGAUUGUGGAGAAAACAACGACAGUGGGGAAAGAGAACAACAAAAACAUUUCCCGCUUUCAGUUCGCCAGCGAACGCAGAACGUGCCAGACCCAAAAGUUCAAUUUCGAGAGCGGAUAUCCCGGGCAAACGGCAAACCGUCGACGGAAAUCCAUUUGGAAGUGAAUUCAAACUCAAAUCCAGCACCAAAAGUAAAUAAACAAAGGCGACUUAAUUCGUGUGCGGCAAAAGAAGUCAGAAGGUCCGCAAACAUGGGCUGUGCCACGACCAGCGUUAAGAUCACCUCCAUCGCUCUGAACGCCAUUUUAGGGUUUCUGGCUGCCGGGGCUAUAGGUUGGAUAGCCUACAAUGCGGACACGGAGACGGAAGAGUUCGUCAUAGCGGCCUACAUAGCCUGCUCGGUCAUUUUGCUGUUCGCUCUUCUGGGAAUCUACGCGGCCAUCCGGGAGUCGGUGGCGCUGACGGCGACAAGCGCCGUGUUCCUGCUGAUCCUGGCCAUCCCGCAGAUCGUGAGCACCUGCCUGUUCCUCCACCAGUACGAUGUGAAGAGCGGCCAGGAGGCGGUGGAGCUGGCGUGGCAGGCGAACAACAUGGACGCACUGCAGCAGAAGCACGAGUGCUGUGGCAAGAGCAGCUCGAACGACUACGUGCUCCUCAACCAGCUGAUCCCGCCCAGUUGCUACGCGGAUCUGCAGCAAACUCCCGACCAUCUCUAUUUGGAGGGGUGCAUCGAAAAGCUGCAGAGCUUCUACGAGAGCGACAAGCUGCGCUUCAUCAUUGUGUCCUGGGUCCUAGUGGCCUUUGAGCUAAUUUGCUUUGCCUUGGCAGUCUUUCUGGCAAUCAACUUUAGGAACAAGCAGCGACGCAUGGAGUUCUAGGCCAGUUGAAAUUUUAACUCAAAGCCCCAGUACAAACCGAAUCGGAAUCGGGGUAUUUCUCGCUUCGACAUUUCAUAACCAAAAACAAUGGGCAGUCAUAAUUUACUCACUCCUACCUUAAACCUACCUGUAAUUAAAGUACAUAUUUAUAGUUCAAUUACCCAUUAUAAGUAUCUUAAUAAAUGUGCGCGAUGUUUGUUUUCACAAGA